AUGGCUGACAAUGGCUUCGCCAACAGGGAAAUGGCCGUCGGCAACACCUUCGGCGCCACGGCGCUCUCGUCCUACGGCGGCUUCUGGAUCGCCUACGGCAUCCUCCUGACGCCCGCCUGGGGCAUCAUCGCCCCGGACGGGCCCUACGCGGCCGACUACUCGGACCACUACUCGGCCGUCGGCUUCUUCCUGACGGGCUGGUUCAUCUUCACGACGCUGCUGCUCAUCUGCACCCUGCGCUCGACCGUCGUCUUCUUCCUGCUCUUCUUCACCCUCGACCUGGCCUUCCUCUUCCUCGCCUGCGAGAACUACGCCGCCAACAACGGCGCCAUGACGGCCAUGCGCAACCUGCAGAUCUGCGGCGGCACGUUCGGCAUGCUCGCCGCGUUCCUGGCGUGGUACUGCGCCCUGGCGGGUAUCCAAGAUGACAGCAACUCCUUCUUCCAGGUCCCCGUCUUCCACCUCCCGUGGUCCGACAAGGGCAAGGAGCUGCGCAAGGCCAAGAGCAACCGCUCGGUUGCGUAA